CAGUGUGGGGCUCAGUGUGGGAAUGCUGGCUGUGGGAUGCUGGGCUCACCGCCCCUUCCCCAGCUCGAGGAGUCACCAGCAGCAGUGCCAGCGCUGCAGACUGUUUGGAAUAGUUUAAAUGCUUUGACACUCUGGAUGUACUAGAUGGCAGGGGAGGCAGUUUACAGCGUAAUUCAUAUGCAAAACUGCACUAUAAAUUUAAAACCUGUCUCAGUUGCCGUGGCACCACUAAGCAUUUCAUCAGCAUACAGUACAGUAUUUCUGCCAUCUUUGUUUGCAUUGCAGUGACUCAUCAAAAGUCUGUCUUGUACCAACACUGAGAGCAUUCCUCUGGCACUGAUAUUUCUCUGUUUUUAAAGCUUCGGUUUGAAACUGGCAUUUACUUCAGGUCCCUAAUCAAAGGGCUCUAUUCAUCGCAGAGAGCAGCCUGAAUGUUAAUCUGCAUCCGGCCUAUUCAUUUAGAUGCUAUGCACUGCCGUGGAGAUUUGACUUGAUGUGCCCUACUUUGGAUACCCCUGCAUUGAAUGCCUGAGGAGCUCCGGCGGAUCCUGAGCCAUGUCGCAGAUGUUGCACAUAGAGAUUCCCAACUUUGGGAACACCGUGCUGGGCUGCCUGAACGAGCAGCGCCUGCUGGGGCUGUACUGCGAUGUCUCCAUCGUGGUGAAGGGCCAGGCCUUCAAGGCACACCGUGCCGUGCUGGCUGCCAGCAGCCUCUACUUCCGAGACUUGUUCAGCGGGAACAGCAAAAAUGCCUUUGAGCUGCCGGGGACGGUGCCCCCUGCUUGCUUCCAGCAGAUCCUCUCCUUUUGCUACACCGGCAAGCUCACCAUGGCGGCCAGCGAGCAGCUGGUGGUGAUGUACACGGCGGGCUUCCUGCAGAUCCAGCACAUCGUGGAGAAGGGGACAGACUUGAUGUUCAAGGUGAGCUCGCCCCACUGUGACUCUCAGACCGCCAUGAUCGAAGACCCCUCCUCAGAGCCGCAGAGCCCCUGCAACCAGCUGCAAUCGGCCUCUGCGCCCUACGUCAUGUCCCCCUCCAUGCCCAUCCCGCUCCUCACCCGGGUCAAGCACGAGAGCCUGGAGCUGCCGCCGGCCGCCGUGCCGGGCCUGCCUGCCAAGCGGCCCCUAGAGCCGGGUGCACGUGAUGGCCCUGCAGGAGCAGGCCCCGCUGCCGGCCCGCUGAAGCUGUCGCGUGUCUCCUACUAUGGGGUGCCCAACCUGGCCUCCCUCCUGCCCACCGUGCAGCAGGUGCAGUACUCGCAGGGGGAGCGCACCAGCCCCGGCGCCAGCAGCAUCCCCACCACCGACAGCCCCACGUCCUACCACAACGAGGAGGAUGAGGAGGACGACGAGGCGUACGACACCAUGGUGGAGGAGCAGUACGGGCAGAUGUACAUCAAGUCCUCGGGAGGCUAUUCUGUUGCACAAGAAAAGCCGGAGCAGAUCCCGCUGGAGAACCGCUCCUGUGUCCUCAUCCGCCGGGAUCUGGUUGCCCUCCCAGCCAGUCUCAUCAGCCAGAUCGGGUACCGCUGCCACCCCAAGCUCUACUCCGAGGGGGACCCUGGGGAGAAGCUGGAGCUCGUGGCAGGCUCAGGUGUUUACAUCACGCGGGGGCAGCUGAUGAAUUGCCACUUAUGUGCUGGUGUCAAACACAAAGUCCUCCUGAGGCGUCUCCUGGCCACGUUCUUUGAUCGGAACACCCUUGCCAACAGCUGCGGAACCGGAAUCCGCUCCUCCACGAGCGACCCCAGCAGGAAACCUCUGGACAGCAGAGUCCUGAACGCCGUGAAACUGUAUUGUCAGAAUUUUGCCCCGAGCUUUAAGGAAAGCGAGAUGAAUGUCAUAGCAGCUGAUAUGUGCACCAACGCCCGCCGGGUCCGCAAGCGUUGGCUCCCGAAGAUCAAAUCCAUGCUGCCCGAGGGGAUGGAGAUGUACCGCACCGUGAUGGGCUCCACCACAAACAGCGUCCCUCUGGAUCCCGAAUUCCAGCCCAGCUCUGCUCAGGUCUUUGAGCAGCAAAUCUAUGCAGAAAGGAGGAGCGAUUCAGGAACUAUAGUAGCACUGAGAACUAACACAGUGAGCGUCGAUCUGAGCAACGGAUCCAGCCAGUCCUUCGAACAGAGCGAGGAUGCCGAGGGCGCCGGCUCUGUCAUACAGGAGGCGGCUGCCACGGAUGCCAUGGCAUCGGAUACCCAAAGCACUCCCCAACCUUUUGAGCAGGGCUCGGGCCCCUCCAGCCGGCCCGAAACUCCGGUGAGAAGACAGGAUGGCACUUAUGGAGGGACUUUAUAGAGAGAGCAAACGUUUUGUGACCUAUAAGGGAUCUGUAAUACUAAAGCUGCUUGCAUGCAUUACUAAUACAAAACAAAAAUGUGAUCAAGCCACUUACCUACUGAACUGCUACUGUUGCCUGAAAAAAAUGUGAUUUUUAUUCUGCUUGUAUUUAAAAUUUAUGAAGGAAAUAAUCGCAUUCGUUAUACUGUAAACGAUAGGUCUGUGGCGACCUACUUAAAAAAAGAGAAAACUAUCGGGCUCCUUUUUUUGAUAUUCCUGAGGUUAGUCUAUGCGAUUGUAGCUUUUUUUUUCUUUUUUUUUUCCUUUUUUUUUCUUU